CCGCUUCCUUUACGCCUUCGGUUCACUUUCAGAGGCUGUUGGUUGUGUUCGAGAGUACACGUGCUCGACUUUUUCCUCUUUAUUUACACUGCUUUUACUAACUAGUAGCAUGUUUUUUAAAUUAAGUGCAAUUUUAGACUGAAUCUUAAGCCUUUGGAGUGGGCUAGUUUGGGCGGCUUUACGUUUAAGCAACGUAAUUAUAGCACCUUCUGGUCUGGAAGACGUCCCGCUUGCCGCCGCUUUUUAAGAUACAAAGCUGCUGUCCGUCUUAAUUUAACUUCGCGGUGCCUCCAUACCGACCGCGCCAUCAGAAAGCUGAACGUUACGGGGUGACAGGAGUGCGAUGACUGAAAACGAUCUCGGAGGAAGCAGCUGAACUCAUUAAUAUACAUUUUGUGUGUGAUUAUUUUGCCUCCGGCCAGCGGUUGGACUCCCCGACAACGGCAGUCUGAUUCCAGCUCCAUCAUGGGGGCUUAUCUGUCCCAGCCCAACACCGUUAAAUCCACCGCCGAUGGCGGUAACAAAAGCAUGAGCUACGGCUUCGCGGCCAUGCAAGGCUGGCGGGUAUCCAUGGAGGACGCCCAUAACUGCAUCCCAGAGCUCGAUGAGGAAACUGCCAUGUUUGCGGUUUAUGAUGGACAUGGAGGUGAAGAGGUCGCUCUUUACUGCUCAAAAUAUCUGCCCGACAUCAUAAAGGACCAGAAGGCAUACAAAGAUGGCAAGCUGCAGAAGGCCCUGGAAGAUGCCUUCCUGGCUAUUGACAACAAGAUCACCACAGAGGAAGUGAUUAAGGAGCUAUCCCAGAUCGCGGGUCGACCCCAGGAAGACAUGACCAAGGACAGGGUGGCUGAAGAAGAUGAUGUGGACAAUGAGGAGGCUGCCCUCUUGCACGAGGAGGCAACCAUGACCAUCGAGGAGCUGCUGGUGCGUUAUGGCCAGAACCUGAACUCCGUGAGGUACGGGAAGAAGGCCUGCCCAGGUAGCAAGAAGGAGGCAGGGGAUGGUGAGAGACCCUUCCCUGAAAAGGGCGUGAACGGCGAGGCAGAGUCUGAAACCGCGGGGGUGGUGGCGGUGGAUGGCGGCAGCAGCGGUAAGGAGAGGCCUGAGAGUGCAGAUGGGAGCAGUGGGUCCACCAAGAUGCGUGCCUGCCGGAGAGGCGCAACGGGGGAGGCCCCAGGGGAGAAGGCCUCCAGGGUGGAGGGUGAGCCCGGACCUUCCUGCUCGUCCUCCAGCACCCAGGUCCAGUCAGGGACCAAGUCAAAAUUCUUUGAGGACAGUGAUGAGUCUGAGGAAGCAGAGGAUGAGUCUGAAGACGGGGGCAGUGAGGAGGAGGAGGAGGAGGAGGAGGAGGAUUGCAGCGAGGAUGAUGAAGGGGAAUACAGCAGUGAAGGAGAUGAGGAAGGUGACACGGAGGAGCUUGAUGAGGAAGAGAUGUGUCUGCCUGGCAUGGAUGGGAAAGAAGAGCCGGGCUCUGACAGUGGCACUACUGCAGUGGUGGCCCUGAUCCGGGGAAAGCAGCUGAUCGUGGCCAACGCAGGUGACUCGCGCUGCGUGCUCUCUGAGAAGGGCAAGGCUGUGGACAUGUCCUACGACCACAAGCCUGAGGAUGAGCUGGAGCUGGCUCGCAUCAAGAACGCUGGCGGGAAGGUCACCAUGGAUGGCCGUGUCAACGGGGGGCUGAACCUCUCCAGGGCCAUAGGGGAUCACUUUUACAAAAGGAACAAGACUCUUUCCCCAGAAGACCAAAUGAUUUCAGCCAAGCCCGACGUCAAAGUACUCGCGCUCAACGAAGAACAUGACUUCAUGGUCAUCGCAUGCGACGGAAUCUGGAAUGUGAUGAGCAGCCAAGAAGUGGUGGACUUUGUCAGUGAGAGGAUAAAACCCAAUGAGAAUGGCAAGGUCAGGGCAUUGUCAUCUAUUGUGGAAGAGUUGUUGGAUCAGUGCCUGGCGCCAGACACAUCAGGGGAUGGCACGGGCUGCGACAACAUGACCUGCAUUGUGGUGACAUUAAGGCAACAUGAGGCCAGUGGCUCAGUUGAGCAGAUCCGGAAGCGCAAGUCGGAGGACGAUAGCCUGGAGAAAAAUGGUGCUGAAAAUAAAAAGGCAAAGCAGGAAUAGUGGCCGGCCUGGUCCCUCCAACAAACAAUUAUAUACGCACUUACUCCCUACUGGAAACCAGAUUCAGCACAAGACUGUUCUCUGGUGAGCGGAGGUGCAGUCAUGCUUUGUGUAAAUGUAAAUCUCCCACCCACCCCCCCUUCAUUCAAGAGCAGUUUUGGAUGUAUGAGACUGUAACUUUAAGCCCCCUGUUGACCGGACUGAAGUAGUGUAUAUGAGUGUGUUUUGCGACCAUCCAUGCCUGUACUCUGUACAUAAUUUUUUCAUACUUGUCAACCGAAGAAUAUUUUCCCCCUUGAGUUGUGAUGUGACAUUUGGUGCUUUUCCCCCCCCCUUUUUAACACCAACAUGUUGCCACUUUCAAAUACUUUUUUUUAAAAUUUGAGGUCCCGUCUUUGUUUUCCCUUCCUCAUGUUCUUUCUCAUCAUGAAAAUUCCAGGAGAAGCCAUUUCUGUUUUUGACACACAUCCAGGAUUGAGACUCAUCUUCCCCUUUAGGGUCAGUUUUCCAGCAUGCGUUCAAAGAUGAGGGGAAGGAAGAUGACUAUCCCUUGAAUGCAGGAGGGAGGAGAUCCAUGAUGGUCCUGAGGUUUCUCUUGCAUCUGAGAAACGGGGGGGUUUAAUGAUCUCGCCGGCUUGUUUUUGGUUCUUCCUUGUUGAAAAGACUGUCCACCGUCUGUUUCUGUCAUCUUGGAGGCAUUAGCUUAAUGGGAUGUAGUUUUAAUCAUAAGACACCUGCCUAUGUCCUCUAUUUAGUUAAGACCUGUACCGUUCAAUAGGUAGGUUUAUAUACAAGGUAUUUUUUUGAAUAUAUAUUUUGGUACUUUUUUCAAGGUGUCACUGUUGGUUGAGCAGAAGCUAAAUGAAGAUUGUUCAGAAAGAGAUGCCAUUUUUCCUGAACCAAUAAACUUAUGGAUAUAAA